AUGCAUAUCGAUGAACUUUAUAAAGCAGAAUUAGUUGUUGAUAUUCAAUCUUUUGCAUCAGCUUCAAAUAGUAAAGAAGUGCUUGCAAAAUAUGGGGAAGAAGAGUUAAAUAUUUUAUCAGAAUUUUAUAAAAAAAAA